CUUCAAUAUCAACCGUUCAUCAACUAGCAACCGCCAGCCCAUUAGAGAAAUCAAUACGUCGUUCACCACUCGAGAAUAUAAUCACGUAUAAUACCACUCUCAAUAAACACGUCAAUCCAAACCCACAGCCUUCUCAAUAAAAUAGAGAGACCUUAGGAACAAGGGAACAAGAGACGAGCAAGUCUCAUAGGUACGUGUUGAACCCGAAAUACACACACACCACCUUUCGUCGGGCGCACAGCAAAAUUCAUCAUGUCCUAUCCGCCUCCUCCAGGCUCGAACUCGUCGCUCCCGCCGCGCCCACCGCCCUCGCGCGUAUCCGGCUUCAAGCCCGCCUUCUCGCCCGCGCCUCCCCCAACCCACACCCCGAGCCCCGGCGCCGCGACAGGCGCUCCCUACGCAGCACCCGCGUACUCCGGCGCGCCCACCACCGCCCACCACCACCACAACCAAUAUGGCGGCUCCUCGUACCAGCAGCCGUACUCGCGGCCCCCCUCCAUGAACAGCGGGUACCAGCAGUCCGCCUCCGCGAACCCGUACCAGUACCCCGGGCAGCAACACCAGCAGCACCAUCAACAGAGCGGAUACCAAUCGCAGCCGAGCUACUACAGCGGACAGCCGCAAGCCGCUCCCCCGGCCACAUCGUACGCUGCGCCGCCACAAAUCCGCAACCCGUUCCCGGCGCCCGCACAAGCGCGUACCAACGACGACUAUGACCCCGACAUGGCGGCGCAGAUCGCGCAAUGGCAGAGCGCGUACGUGAAGGACCCCACUAAGGAGGGUCCCGGCGCGCCAGGAGCAACGGCAGCGGUACCCACGUCCAACGGUCGGGGUGGCGGGUACGCGAACGGCGGCACAACGACCACGACGACAUACAGCGCAGAGCCGAGCGCCACGGCAGCAGCAGCAGCAGUGGGAGCCAACGCCGCAGCAACAAGCACCGACAAGAAGAAAACCGUAGUGCGGUCCGGCGGCGGGCAGAAGUGGACGGACGACACGCUACUAGAAUGGGACCCCUCGCACCUGCGUCUGUUCGUAGGCAACCUAGCAGGCGAGACGACCGACGAGUCGCUAUACAAAGCCUUCUCGCAAUGGAAGUCUUUGCAAAAAGCGCGUGUGAUCCGAGACAAAGUAACCGCGAAGUCGAAAGGGUACGGGUUCGUAUCCUUCAGCGACCCGGACGAGUUCUUCUCAGCCGCGAAGGAGAUGAACGGGAAGUACAUCCAAUCGCACCCCGUCGUCGUGCGCAAGAGCACGACCGAGAUCAAGCCCACCGCACAGAAGGACAAUAACCGCUGGAACAAGAACAACAAGAACAAGAAUUGGAAGAACAAGAACCGCGGUGGAGGAAACGGUAAUGGGUCCGGCGGCGGAGGUAAGCGGGAAGGAAGCUUCGAGCCCCAUCUUGGCCCUGCGGCUGCGGGUGUGCAUAAGCCGGGCCAGAAGACCAAGGGUGGACUUAAGCUGUUGGGUUAAUUACCUAGGUAUAAGGGGUACGAAUUAGUAUAUACCUAGGUUGGCUACAAGAUGAUACUACCCGCAUAGCCUUUGUGUUGCUGGGUUCGGGGUGCUUUGUUUUAGUGUUGGGCGUUGAGGAAACUCAGAUUAUUAAUGAAAAGCCUCGAUUUAGACACCAGGGAGCAUGACGUAUAAUUAAACCCCGUUGAGAACACGGUCCUGAUAUGCUCUAUGUCA